AUAGGACCCCCAGGCAAUAGGGGAUCAUGGGGCCCCUGUGUCCUUGCCCAAACUCAAAAAAGCCUAUGAAAAAGGUACCAGGGACAUCUCAUGGGGCCCCCUACUGACCCCGGGCCCUCAGGCAGUGCCUGAGUUCCCCAAUGGUCAGUCCGCCCCUGUUAACCAUUCAUAAACAGAUUAAUGCUUUCAAUAUUGAACCUAUUAUCUAUUUAGUAAAUUUUUUGUACAGAAAAAAUCUUAAGAAUCUAGUGAGAUCAUAUAUUGUAACUGUUCAAUAUAACUGUUCA